AUGGCAGUUAAUUCGUUUCCAAAUUCAACAGUCGGUACACGUUUUACAGAUGAAUAUGAUAUGAAAGAAGAACUUGGAAAAGGUGCAUUUUCGAUUGUUCGACGAUGUAUACAAAAGAGUACAAAUCAAGAAUUUGCCGCUAAAAUAAUCAAUACAAAAAAACUUUCAACUAGAGAUCAUCAAAAGCUUGAACGUGAAGCGAGAAUAUGUCGUCAAUUAAAACAUCCAAAUAUUGUGAGAUUACAUGACAGUAUUUCAGAAGAAGGAUUUCAUUAUCUUGUGUUUGACCUUCAUUGUAUUCAACAAAUUUUAGAAGCUGUUCGACAUUGUCAUGAAAGCAACAUUGUACAUCGAGAUCUAAAGCCUGAAAAUCUGCUGUUGGCCAGUAAAACGAAAGGAGCGGCUGUUAAACUAGCUGAUUUUGGCCUUGCCAUUGAAGUAACUGGUGAACAAACAGCAUGGUUUGGCUUUGCCGGUACACCUGGCUAUUUAAGUCCAGAAGUAUUGAAGAAAGAACCGUACGGAAAGCCUGUUGAUAUAUGGGCAUGUGGUGUUAUAUUGUACAUAUUACUAGUCGGUUAUCCACCAUUCUGGGAUGAAGAUCAACAUCGUUUAUAUCAACAGAUAAAAGCAGGUGCCUAUGAUUAUCCAUCUCCUGAAUGGGAUACAGUUACAACAGAAGCUAAACGUUUAAUUGAUUCAAUGUUAAAUAUUAAUCCAAGUAGGCGUAUUAAUGCUACAGAUGCAUUGAAACAUCCAUGGAUUUGUCAACGAGAACGUGUAGCUGGAACAAUACAUCGACAAGAAACAGUUGAUUGUUUAAGAAAAUUUAAUGCAAGAAGAAAAUUAAAAGGAGCCAUUUUAUCUACAAUGUUUGUUAAUCGAACAUUAAUACCUAACGUUGGCAUAAUUGGUGGUAGCAGCAGUAGUAGUAGUCCAACUGCAACACCUCAAAUAGCAAAAGACGUGGCUGCUGCUACAAUUAUUACUACUAAUAAUCCCAUUGAUAUUAGUAAAAAAGUAAAUUCACCAUUAACGAGUCCAACAGCGGCAGGAGCACUUGCCGCUUUGUCAAACAUAGGAGGAGCUUCAUUAUUUGUUAUUUUAAUGCUUGGUAAUCGUUCUAGACCAACAACACAAAGUGGAAGCAAUGUUAAAGAAUCAGCUGAUAGCAAUAGUGCAACAAUUGAUGAUAAUGAAGCCGAUCGAACUGAACGUUUCAUCAUUAAAACACAGCCAGUGAAAGGUCAUAUGACUAUAUCUGAUUCAAAUAUUGAAAUCACAAAAGUAACAGAACAACUUCUGCAAGCAAUUGCGAACAAUGAUUAUGAAUUAUACAAAUCGUUAUGUGAUCCAAAAAUCACGUGUUUUGAACCAGAAACAAUUGGAAAUCUGGUUGAAGGACUUGAUUUUCAUAAAUUUUAUUUCGAAACAGUUUUAUCUACGAAAGCAAGUAAACCAACGAUUAAUUGUACAAUGUUAACUCCAGUUGUUCAUUCAUUGGGUGAUGAUUCCGCUUGUAUUGCCUAUGUUCUUUUGCUACAGUAUUUAGACAAAAAUGGGCAAGCUCAAAGUCUUCGUACAGAAGAGACUCGUGUUUGGCAUAAAAAAGAUGCACGAUGGCAAUGUGUACAUUUACAUCGAAGUGGACAACCAAUAUCAGCUAUUAAAUCGUGA